UGCCCUAUAAAUGGCGGGAGCCUCCCAUGUAUCGAAAUUUCUUUCCCAAUCAUCUCUCUCAUUCUCUCUUUCUCUCCACCGUCAACUUUUCACUAUUUACACUCCAAGCCCCUGCAAAACCCUCCAAUCUUACAAAACCCCACAAAUCUUCACCUAAGGUACCGGAGGAGAAUUGGAGUAGUAUUGUUGACUUCUGCCGAUUUAAUGGAGGCCGCCGCCGGUGUUGUCGCCUCACGCGGUGGUUCUCUGCCGAUGUCAUCGUCUAGGAAGGAGUGGCGUGCCGUUUCUGACCACCAUUCGGUUGGAACCGCAGGCGAUGAGGUGGAAUUGGACCGGCCAAAUUUGGGGCAAUCGGAUGAGAGAACUAUCUAUGAGGUGCAGCGUGCAAGAGAACCUGCUGAUGUGGACUUCUGCUCAAUCAAUGUGAAUGGUAGCUUGGACAAUGACAUUAUGCAGCAGCGAAUUCAUAGUAUUACUAGGCAAAGAGAAGAGCUUCAACAUGUGGAGAUUGAACUUAAAGCUCAGUUGAUUUCGAGAUCUGAGAUCCUGGAAAUGCAGCACAGCUUUGAUGCUCAAAUCAAAGAGCAUAAAGAUGCUGCUGCAAAACUUAAGGAACAACUUCAUGAAAGGGAACAGGCCAUACAUGAAUUGGAAAGGGGAAUGGAAGAGAAAGAUAGGGAAUUGCAUGCUAUUAAAUUGGAUAAUGAAGCGGCCUGGGCCAAGGAAGAUCUUCUCAGAGAGCAAAAUAAAGAAUUGGCAACAUUUAGAAGAGAGCGGGAUCAUUCUGAAGCUGAAAGGGCACAGCAUAUACAGCAAAUACGUGACCUUCAAGAACUUAUUCAAGAAAAAGAGAGGCAGAUUCUUGAAUUGCAGGAACAGCAUAGAGUUGAUCAGGAGACCAUAUUUUUGAAGGAUGAACAAUUGAAAGUGUGGAUCGCACGUGUUCAAGAGAUGGAUGCCUUGCAAUCUACUUUACAAGUUGAAUUACGAGAACGUACUGAACAAUAUAAUCAGCUAUGGAUGGGUUGUCAAAGACAGUUAGCAGAAAUGGAGAGACUUCAUUUGCAUACUGUACAACAGCUUCAUCUUGAGCUAGCUGAUGCAAGAGAAAGGAGUGGACCCUACACUGAAGAGUCACGCAUAUCCCAGACAAACUCAAAGGAUAUGUCAAAGUUUGGUCAAAGCAAUGGAAAUCAACUAGAUGUUAAUGCUAAUGGUGCAACAAGUGCUAAUGAUGGACCACUUCCAAAUGGGAAUGCAGAUAAUGCAUCAAACCAGACCAACCAUGUUGCUGGUGUCCCCAUUGCCCCAUCAUCUUUGCUUGGGAUGCCUACCUACCUUCCGCCUGGACAGGUUACUGCAUUGCAUCCAUUCAUUCUACAUCAACAGGGAAUUCCUCAUUCUAUGCCAUCACAUGUUCCUCAAUCUCAUGUUGGGCAUUUUCACUCAAUACCAGCAAUGUCAUCUCUUCCACAGUGGCAGAACCAGCAGGUUGCAUCUGAGGGUGCUCAAUUAUCUACACAGAAUCCACCGACUUCUUCCCAACCUGAUCAUAACCUUAUGGGAUCAGAUGCAAAGUAUGAGUAUGAAAUGUCUGUCAACGGACAAGGGUUCCGUCCAGGUUAUGUGGAUGUCCACAAUAGCCAAGUGACAGAGCCUGAUCCUGUAAUCUCAUCGUCUACUGGGGAAGCACAGGUCCUUGAGUCAAGAGAUAGAAGUUACAUGGUUGCCUCCCAGCCUGAGCAGCGCUUACAACAAAUUUCUUCCCAAUUUAAUGAUUCCUUAAGACUGAAUACUCUUGAUAAGAACAGUGAAGCAAAGGAGCAAAAUGUUUUCAGUGAUCAGGAUUUAGAUGGCCAAGUUUCAACAGAAGAACAACCAAGUCCUGCCAGUGCAUCUUUGUCUGAAACAUCAAUGCAUUCAGUUAAUGUUGGUGAAGCCACAAUCAAUAAUGGGACUGUAGUAGGUUUGUCUGAAUCGUUGAUCUCAACCGGGCAGGCAAAUGUGGUUACUGUUGGAAAAACUUCAGAGACUUCCCUCCUUGAUGAAAGAUCUCUGUUGGCUUGCAUAGUUCGCACAAUUCCAGCUGGUGGUAGAAUUCGGAUCAAUUCAACGCUACCUAAUAGACUAGGCAAGAUGCUUGCACCUUUACAUUGGCAUGAUUACAAGAAAAAGUAUGGAAAGCUUGAUGAGUUUGUGGCUGGUCACCCGGAAUUAUUUUUUAUCGAGGGCGACUACAUUCAGCUUCGAGAAGGAGCUCAAGAAAUGAUAGCCGCGACGGCAGCGGUUGCUAAAGUUGCAGCAGCUGCUGCAGCAUCGCAUCCUUACUCGUCAUUUUUGCCUUCUGUGGCUGUUACUCCAAUGGCACAGUCUCAUCGACUCAAGAAAGUUCCAUCAAUUGACUCAAAACAACUUAAUGGUGUUAGUUUUGGCAAUGCUGGGGGUGUCUCAAAUGUAAAAAUAUUGAGUAAACCGAAAGAAUCUCAGGAAAUGAAUGGACCAGAUUUUGAUAGAUCAAGCAUAAGCAGCAAUCAGAGCAAGGGUUCACUUCAUGGGAGGUCCAACUUGAAUUUUGCUGGGAAGCAGCAGGGCAGGACAACUGGAGCUGCAUUAACCUCUGGAAGAUAGAGGAAACGUGGAAUCAUAUAGAUAAAAUAUAAAAGAAUGUUGAACAGGUGUUGUGAUGGAGCGCGCACAAGAUGAUCUGCGGUAGAAUGGGCGUACUGCCAAUCGAAAUUGCCAACCAGCUUUUGCUUAUAGAAUUCUCUAUUGGACUGCUCAGUUAUUCUCUUUAAAUUUAUGCCUUUUUGGAAAAGGGGAAAAGAAAACAUUUGUUUGCGUGUGUUUUUGUGAUCCAAAAUAGAACAUUCCGACUCUUUGCAGUAAUAUUCAUGCACAAAUUUGCAUGUGCAUCUGGUAGCUUUUUCAA